AUGAUAGAAUUGGUAUAUUAAUCUAUUUAUUAAAAAUAUGUCUCAAGUUUGUAUGAGAUUGUCACUAACUAAAACUAAGAUCAAAAGUAGAAUUUUGAUUAAGUUUAUAUGCAUGAGAAAUCAUAUAUAGGUAAAGUAUCUGUCAAAGGUAUUUAUAAAGAUAGUGCAUUGACACUUAUUAAAGGAUAUGUAGGAUCAGGAAUUUUAGCAAUGCCAUUUAGUUUUUAUGUUGGAGGUUGGCUUUUAGCAAUAUUUAUCUUUUUAAUAAGUGUUUAUAUGCUGAAGUUAUGCGUUCAUUAUUUAAUAGAAGUAGCUAACGAAGAAAAUAAAGAAAAUUAAGGACUUACAGAAGUGGCUGAAGUAACAUAUGGUGAAAAAGGGAAACAGUAACAAAAGUUAUUUUGAUA